AUGCUCAUCCCGACGGUGUCACCGUUUCUACCCAACAUCCGGGAUUUCCGCAGGGAAGGUGUGCGUGUGUGCAACUCUCAGUGCGUUAGGCUAGACCAGGCCAGGCCAGGUCAGUACUUUCUUUCUUUCUUGCCUUCUUAUUCUGACCUUGUGCAGGCUGGUGGGCUCCCCUGCCUAUGGAGGAGAUUAAUGCUGCCACCAUCGUAUUCCAUCCCCCAUCCCCCGCAAGUGCAAACAUACAGUGCACACGAUAGAUCGGCAAUGAGCCACACGGAGCGAAGCAAUGAUCGUGCGGGGAAAGGAAAUCCUGACAAUGGUAGGGAUCAGGGGGUUUUGAGUGUGGUGCCGUAUGAUAUGGGCACGUCUGAUUUGCACAAUGACGGAUGCAGAAGCGUUUGGGGCUUGCUAGACCCGGUAAAAGCCGGGGUGCAGUGUAUGUGGAUGGAAUCAAGCGGUGAAUUGGAAAACCUUAUUGUGCAGGACCAACACAGACACUUCUUUCUCCGACUUGCUAUUUGCUCCGUUGCAACUGGUCUUCAUGGGAAGAGACUCUGCGGCACUUUUGAUCUUCAGAAUACAUAUGCCCUAGGUAAUGUGCAGUUGCCUGAGCUCUGGUGGAUACGUGAAGGAUGGGAAUGA